AACGGCCGUGCGUACGUGCGUCGUCUCUAUGGUGGCGGCGGAUUCGGAGGGUCUGGACGCUUCUCGUGUCCGGCAAGCUGCUGCCCCCACAGGAAUCUCCGCUGUCGUCUGUCUUCCGCGCGCCUGUGAUUCGGACGUCGCUCCCCAAGGAUGUUCCGCCGGGAGCGCUCCAUCCCCCUUCGAGGCUCAGCCGCCGCCCUGUGCAACAACCUCAGUGUGCUGCAGCUGCCCGUCCGCAACCUCACACAUUUUGGAGUAGUCCAUGGACCCAGCGCCCAGCUUCUCAGCGCUGCUCCUGAGGGUGUGCCCUUGGCCCAGCGCCAACUCCAAGCUAAGGAGGGCGCUGGAGUGAGCCCCCCACUUAUCACCCAGGUCCACUGGUGUGUCCUCCCUUUCCGCGUAUUGCUGGUACUCACCUCACAUCGAGGAAUACAAAUGUAUGAGUCUGAUGGCUCCGUCAUGGUCUAUUGGCAUGCACUGGAUGCUGGAGAUGCCUCUCUAGUGCAGGCUGUGUUUGCCCGAGGAAUUGCUGCCAGUGGCCACUUCAUCUGUGUGGGAAUGUGGUCAGGCCGGGUACUGGUUUUUGACAUCCCAGCCAAGGGUCCCAACAUUGUACUGAGUGAAGAGCUGGCUGGGCACCAGACACCAGUCACAGACAUUGCCACCGAGCCUGCCGAGGGACAGGACUGCGUGGCUGACGUGGUGACAGCAGAUGACUCAGGCUUGCUGUGUGUCUGGCGGUCGGGGCCCAAAUUCAAAUUAUUGACCCGAAUUCCAGGAUUCGGGGUCCCGUGCCCUUCUGUGCAGCUGUGGCAGGGGACCAUAGCAGCAGGCUAUGGGAACGGGCAAGUGCGUCUGUAUGAAGCCAGUACAGGAACUCUACAUGUCCAGAUCGACGCCCACGCCCGGGCCAUCUGUGCCCUGGAUCUGGCUCCUGAGGUGGGCAAGCUACUCUCUGCGGCUGAGGACACCUUUGUACACAUCUGGAAGCUAAGCAGAAGCCCAGAGGGUGGCUACAUUGAGGUGGAGCACCGUCAUGGAGAGUGUGUACCCGACACCCAGGUGUGUGGUGCCCGAUUCUGUGAUCCCUCAGGCAGCUCCUUUGCUGUGACUGGCUAUGACCUCGCUGAGAUCCUGAGAUUCAGCAGCAUCCUAUCCCCAGGCCAGCAGAGGAAGGGGAGGCCAAGCUGGCGAACCUGCUACAAACAGCGCCGAAUCCAGAGCCCAACUGCACACAGAUCAUCUCCUCUUCCGACCAGAUCCUGUUGCCAGCACACCGUCUCACACUGGUGACUGGAGCCAAGUGUGGGGUGGGCCUUUGCUGCAGAGGCCUCUGGACUGUGGGGACCGCUUCGGGGGUAGAGGGGCAACCGAGUGAGAAGCCCCAGGGGAGUGGUCUGGGGGGACAGCAUCCAGGGAGAACGUUCGGGGUCUCCCCCAGGGCAGGGAAUGGGUCUGGGCUGGGGUUGGGGCCACUGAAGCAGGCGAGCAAGGGCCAGGCAGGGCAGGCUGGUCUGUAAACACUGCUAGCCAGGGUGGGGGCGUCUCCAGCCUCGUGCCCUCCCGCUGGGCCAGGAUGUCUGUCACCGCUGCGAUGUCAUCCAGCGGCUCAAUAGCUGUGGCACCGGGAAGGGAUUGAGGGGAGGGGGCUAGUCAGAGCUUAGGCCCCAGACCUACUCAGCCCUGAGCAUCACCUGUCACUGUAGGAGGAAAACAAAGCCUGGAUCUCAGCUGAGAUUGCAUUAUCCUGCAGGAGCAGCCCCUCACUUGGGCCCCCUAGAGUCACAGGUUCUGAUAAGACUAUGGGAUAUGGGGUGACAGGGUGGACAGGGAGAGGAGGGUGGGCAGAAGUAGGUGAAGAAGCCAAGAAAGAGGAGGAAAAUGAAAGCAGUGCCAGGCAAGUGAAGGGUCAGAGGAAGAGAUAGGAAUCCGCAUGCAGAAAGGGAAACAGAAAAGAAGAAAUUACGGGAAAAAAAAUCCAUGAAA